GAAAUAAUCAUCAACCAUUUUCUUGAUAAACCUUGCAGAGUGCAAAGUACCUAAUAAAUGUUUGUUACCAUGGCAACAAUUUAAUUGAUUAGCUAAAUAAUUAUUAAGUUUAUCAAUUUCAAGGCUUAUUURUGAUUUCAUGUGUAGUAAGAUCAUAACAAAAGGCUUGCAAGUGUUUUUGAAAACAAGGUAAACACCUGAAUACAACACCUGGUGUCAUUUUGUGUACCUGUGGUGAAACAGUUUGGUGUCUUCUCAACCACUGUAGCUAUUUGUGUUCUUAAACUACAGCUUUAUCCUGAUUUUAAUGGCUUAAAACACAUAUAAUAUGAAGACUUAUAUUCCUAAGACAUUUGAUUACUAUGUAUCCAAGAUGGACAUGUCUAAGAAUCACAUUUUUCCUUGGUUCUUUGCUGUUGGUUGUUGCUAGUCUUUGUUGUUAUUUCAUCCUUCAUGAUCACACAAGGUUUUGGUUGAAUAGAGAAAUUACAGCAACAUGGAGAGGGAAAGAACAGAAUAUAAUCAAGMAAAAGGGAAUAUUUGCCAUGAAGUUAAACAGUCCUUCCCCUCCUGAUAUCUUCCCAACACCACAGAGGUUCAGGAGGGGUAUACCUGAGAGUAGUUUUGUUACUCCUGGGAUAACAAAAAAAGAAUACAUGGAUAGACGCCAUAAUUUGAUGAGAAUUCUAAGCCAGUCGCAUUUUGGCUCAACCCAUGACAAGCACGUCAUUAUCAUUACAAGCAAUCCCGAGAAGUUUAUGACGACUGAUGUUCCAUACCCAUUUCGACAAAAUACAAACUUUCUUUACCUGACUGGUUUUCAAGAACCUGAUUCAGUUUUAUUACUUGAAACACAAGAGGGACAUGGUUUACCUUAUCACAAGAGUUUACUAUUUGUAAGACCAAGAGAYCCUAGAAGGGAAUUAUGGGAAGGUAGCCGUGCUGGUGUUCAAGGUGCUAUUAAUGUUUUUGGCAUGGAUGAAGCUUAUCCAAUAAAAGAUUUAUCAUCAAAAAUCAUGGAAAGAUAUUCUAACAAAGAUUAUUGUAUUUGGUAUGACCAUCUAYACCCCUCGCAUCCUUUGCUUCAUUCAGAACUUAAACAARUACUSUUUGCAAAUCCAAAGUUUAAAUUCAAAAAUUUACUUGUACUUGGCCAUAAUCUUCAYAUGCUGAGACUUAUCAAGUCACAAUCUGAAAUCAACCUGAUGAGAUCGUCAGCCUCUAUUGCUUCUGAUGCAAUCAAAAAGAUUAUGAAUAUGACACGCCCUGGUCUAGAAGAAUCACAUCUUCACAUUGCCAUGGAAUAUGAAUGUAGAAURAGAGGUGCCGAGAGGCUGUCGUAUCCACCAGUCGUUGCUGGAGGUUCAUUGGCYAACACACUUCAUUACAUCAACAAUACACAGCUAUUGAGAGAUGGUGAUCUAGUGCUAAUGGAYGCAGGRUGCGAGUACCAUGGUUACGCUAGCGAUAUUACCAGAACAUGGCCUGUUAAUGGGAYGUUUAGUACGGCCCAACGGCAACUUUAUGAAAUAGUGCUGACAAUACAGAAAAARUGUAUCUCUCUUUGUCGUAAAAAUGCCAAAUUGGAUGUCAUUCAUCAUGCAAUGUUAUCACUGCUAGGAGAAGAGCUAGUCAAAAUUGGAAUUUUAUCAAAGAAAUCAAYUGAUACAGAAAGAAAGAAGGCAGCCAGUGAAUUUUGCCCACAUCAUGUCAGUCAUUAUCUGGGUAUGGACACACAUGACACACAUCUCGUCAGUAGAGGACUGAACCUACAACCUGGAAUGAUUGUGACUGUCGAACCGGGCCUGUAUAUCCCUAACAAUGCCAAGAACGUACCAGAAAGGUUUCGUGGAAUUGGAAUUAGAAUUGAAGACGAUGUAUUAAUCACUGAAACUGGGAACGAAAUCCUAAGUCAGGGCUGCCCUAAAGAACCUGACGAUAUAGAGAAACUCAUGCAACACAGAUAAUAAAGGGACAGAAAAUAAUCAUUGUACAAAAUGAAGUAUCUUUCAAGAUGUAAAUUCAUAAAGAGUUUAUUAAAAAAUACACUUAGAAA